UGCCCACUCCUACAUCGCCGGCGACCGGCGCCAGCGGGUAGUGGGGGCGGAGGACCGAAGCCGGCGGUCAAGCCCGGUAGGGGUGCGGCGGAGGAGGAUGGUGGCGCUGGAGCGGGUCGGCGUCGCGCGCGGGGGGAGCUCGUCCAGCGGGUCGCCGCCAGCCCGCUCGACGGCGUCUUCCGACGACAUCGCCCUCGAGGUCACAAGGCCCUCUCCGUCCUCCACCGUUCCUUUGUUGGCAAGCAGGAGCCUCACUCUCUCGCCGUGUUCCCGGUGGACGCACACGCGCACGCAAGCUGCUCGAGCAAAUGGCCAUAAGAAAAAACAGAGGAGCAGAGCAGUACGCAGAAAUCAGUACUCUUGUCGCAUUGAAGAGCCUGAACUUAUCAUGGAACAACUUCAAGGGAAAUAUACCUGAGAAUAUUGGAGCCUUAAUUCAAGUGGAAUCACUCGACCUAUCACACAAUGAGCUGUCCGGCGAAAUCCCUUCAAGCUUGUCGGCUCUCACAUCAUUGAGUCGCCUGAACCUGUCCUACAACAAUCUGGGAGGAAAGAUACCAACUGGAAAUC